CAAAUAAAAACAAGAGUUUAUCAGUCAGAUUAUUUUGCAUUGUGGGUAUUUCUGCUGCCUCCAAGUUUCUUCCUAAAGAAAUUUUCCACACAUUUGGCUCCUCCCACCAUAAUUUUCUCCUCCAGGCUCCUCCCACUCUGCUCAGAUCAGCAGUCAGACUCCAGUGUGUGUGUGUGUGUGUGAGCAGCUCAUCCUGUGAGUAUAUUCAUUAUAUUCAUCUUCUUCAUCCUCAUCUGUCACAGAGGUCCUGUGUGGUCAGAGAGAGAGCGCUCACUCUGUCACCUUUAAUCGCAUACUCUGAGAGUUUUAUUCUGAACUUAUACAAGUGAUAAUGGUGAGUGCUCUGUGACUUCCUCCUGCAUGUGUGUUUGUGCACUGUGAACAGUAAAUAUAUGAAUACAUUAGGUUAUAUUUAUCGCAUGAUUAUAGCAGUAAAAUGAUACAAAAACUGAUCUGGUGUUCACAUGGCAUCUGUCUGUUUUCUUUUUUUUUGCGUUAUAAAUAUAUUUUUUUUUUUUUACUGUAAAUAUUGAAAAGAACGGCUUUUAUUAUGGCGUGUGAUCGAAUACUUUUAUUAAAAUGUCAUGAUGGACAGAUAUAUUCUCUUCUGCAGCUUAGCCCCGCACCUUCACGCGCCUUCCUCCAAUCAUCAGUCAUGUCCCAUGAUGCCACUCACCAGGUCCUCAGUCCCUGCCUCUGGUUGGACGAGUCCAGUUGUCAAUCACUGAGCUCAAUUUAUGUUUCACCUCCCUCCUCAUCAGUAUGUGACUUUAACUGCCUGGCCACGCCCCCCAACUCAACUCCUGUAUGGAACAGGUACUAUGACAAUAUGGGCCCCUCCCUCUCUGGUGGUUGGUUGUCACCUGUCAAUCAAACAUGGCGACAGGAUUUUGGUCCAGAGAAGCGUGUGUGUGUGAGCUGUGGGACAGACAGCACUCCCCUGUGGAGGAGAGACAGCGCUGGUCAUCACACGUGUCACGACUGCAGCUUUAAGAGACAAGAAACAAACAGAGGAGUGUUAACAUCAAAGAGAACAAGAAUGGUGACUCUGCGAAAAGGAACUCGGUGUGUCAACUGUGACACAGAAAAAACAACACUGUGGAGAAGAAACACUGAAGGACAACCAGUGUGUAACGCCUGUGGACUCUACUACAAACUACACAAGGUUAACAGACCACUGACGAUGAAAAAAGAUCAAAUCCAAACCAGGAAGCGUAAAGUGACCAAACAGCAGAAGCAAAAGCUGUCAUUCAUAAAAAAAUAGUUCCUGCUUCAUGUGUUCACUCACCUCAUGUGUU